CUAACUUAUUGCGAACCCUUCCUUCCCUUGGCCGCUCUGUCCAGGUUUUUGGCGUCUCAAGUUCCCGGCUUGUGAGGGUGUUGGUUCGGUCGCCUUUUCUCUUCACUUCCUUUUUGGCUUCUUCAUUCGGCCGUCGUUGCCAUUCGCUUCUUCUGGCGGCUGAUCAGGGCGCGACAAUACCCAGCAUCGCUGUUCGUCGUGUCACGCGUUGGAUCCUGCAUCACUCGCAUCAAUCGCGCCGUACACCGCGCAGAACUGUCCUUUACAAUGGCGACCGCUCCUCCGCCCUCGGCUCUCCUCGAGAACCUGCCGGUCCCCACCCUCGACCGGCCGUUCGGCAUCCAUCUGUGGCCCAUCUUCAGCAAGGCCUUCGAGUCCAUCGCAGGCUACCCGGCUGAGGAUUUCAGGUUCCAGCCGGGCGUGACGCCCAUGUCGACGCUCAAAGAGACGGGCAUCUUCAUCGUCAUCUACUACACGAUCAUUUUUGGCGGCAGGGAAUUGAUGCGCAACCGCGAGCCGUUCAAGCUGCGAACACUCUUUUUGAUCCACAACUUCUACCUCACGGCCAUCAGCGGCAUUUUACUCGCGCUCUUCAUUGAGCAGCUCCUGCCCACCGUGGUCCGCCAUGGCGUCUUCCACGCCAUCUGCCAUGCUGAGGGCGGUUGGACUCAGCCCCUCGUGGUUCUCUACUACUUGAACUACCUCACCAAGUACCUCGAGCUUCUGGAUACCUGCUUCCUCUUCCUCAAGAAGAAGCCUCUGACCUUCCUGCACUGCUACCACCACGGCGCGACUGCCCUCCUCUGCUACACGCAGCUUAUUGGCUCGACAGCGGUGUCGUGGGUACCCAUCACGCUGAACCUGACGGUGCAUGUGGUCAUGUAUUGGUAUUACUUCCAGAGCGCUCGUGGCAUCAAGAUCUGGUGGAAGGAGUGGAUCACGCGUCUCCAGAUCAUCCAGUUCGUCAUUGACCUCGGCUUUGUGUACUUCGCGUCGUGGACCUACUUCGCGUCGACCUACUGGCCCUGGCUGCCUAAUGCUGGCAAGUGCGCUGGCGAGGAGUUUGCCGCCUUCUGCGGCAUUGCCAUCCUCAGCUCGUACCUCUUCCUCUUCAUCUCGUUCUACUUCGCCACCUAUAGGAAGGACGGCAAGCGUCCCAGCGGGCGCAAGUCCUUGCGGAGGAUGAGCCAGGCCCCGCUGCCCGACCCCAGCGAUAUUAUCCACGGCAAGGCGGCGACCAGCAUCCUGAACAGCAGCAACGGCGAGGCCAAGGCGUCGGGUGUCAAGGCCAACGGCACUUCCACAAGGUCCCGAAGAGCCUAAGCGCUGGCUUGCACGCUGUGAAGUGCGACCCUACCCAUUUCGCGGUGGCGGGCCGCUUUUGGCAAAACGAAAACCGUGGCCGCAAACCAACCCAGGGAGCUGUGCCAGAGAGCCCCUGGAAGCCCACGAAGCUAUGGCACCAUGUCUCAGGAUAUGAAUCGAGACGUGGGGUGUACAGUACCUGACCAGGGGACAGUCAACAGGCCUUUGGGAGGGCUGGCCUGGUUUCCCCAGCAUCACAUCAAGGGCAUGUGGGUAUUGAUUACGGAGUUAGACGCCGGCGGCGAUCAUAUUCACUGGGCUCGGAGCUUGUCAUGACAACCAUUUCGGGGCGGUUUAAUAUGGAAAGGGGGUCGAUUGUACCAUGAUGACGGUCAAGGCGCUGUGUAUGACGAGUGGUUUGAAAAUGGGUUUUGGUAUCACCGGCGGCAUCAGCUGGGUCCCCAGUCGGCAAGCCCAGGGUUGAAGAGGGUUAGAGAGGCGACAGGCUGGUUUGGCCGGGUAGCGAGGGGCGGGUCGUCCGGCGAACGGCGUCUCCCUGCCGGGUCGAGCGUUUUUCUUCGCUUUUUAUGCUUUCGUUUCGUUUUCCUGUACAUGUUUGCCUGUACUACUGGCCGGAGCGGAUACAAGCGGGCAGCUCACCAUAAGCAAUUCUAAUAACAUUGGGUUGGACACGC